AUGGCGUCCGCAUCCGUCGCUGCUCCAGCCCGCAGCCUCGCGCAGCGCGGCAAGAAGCCCGCAUUUACUGGCAAGACAACCAGAAUCAAGUUCACCAUCGAUUGCCAGAAGCCUGUUGAUGAUAAUAUUCUCGAGGCAAAGGGGCUGGAGAAUUUCCUACGGAGCCGGAUUAAGGUCGCUGGUAAACUUAACAACCUCCGGGAAAAGAUUGAGGUGUCCCGAGAGAAGGCGAAGGUCUGUGUCACUGCAGAGCUGCCCUUCUCAAAGCGUUACCUCAAGUAUUUGGUGAAGAAGUACUUGAAAAAGCAUAUGUUGCGUGACUUCCUUCGGGUUGUUGCAAACAACAAGACGUCAUAUGAGCUUAGAUACUUCCAGAUGCCUCAAGAGGACGAAGAGACAGCAUGA